AUGGCUGUUGGUCCUAUCCCACAAAGUAACGGCGCAUCAGCCUUGCCGCUGGUGCGCCAGCUGUCUAAAGAUCACGACCAUGUCUUGAAAUCAUUCCGUCUUCUAAUCUCUGACCUGUGUCAGCAGUUCGGCGGAGGCCACCCGGGGUAUGAUGGAGCUAUUGGCAUGGCGGCCAUAGGAGUCGCCCUCUGGCGAUAUGUUAUGCGAUAUGCGCCACACACCCCAGACUACUUCAACCGCGAUCGCUUCAUCCUCUCCAACGGCCAUACCUGCCUCUUCCAGUACGCCUUUUUACAUCUCACUGGCUACAAAGCCAUGACUUUCGAGCAGCUCAAGUCCUAUCACUCCGACCGGGUCGACGCAUUAUGUCCGGGCCACCCGGAAAUCGAACACGAGGGCAUCGAAGUCACCACAGGCCCCUUAGGUCAAGGCAUCGCCAAUGCUGUUGGUCUUGCCAUGGCCACGAAGAAUCUGGCGGCCAAUUUCAACCGUCCAGGGUAUGAUGUCGUAUCCAACCACACCUGGUGCAUGAUAGGAGAUGCAUGUCUGCAAGAAGGAGUCGGACUCGAGGCAAUCUCCUUCGCGGGCCAUCUCAAACUCAACAAUCUGACCGUCAUCUACGAUAACAACCAGAUAACCUGCGAUGGUUCAGUCGAUCUGACCAACACAGAGGAUAUCAACGCUAAGAUGCGUGCCUGUGGCUGGAACGUCAUUGAUGUGGAAGACGGUUGCUAUGAUAUCGAGGGAAUUGUCCAAGCCUUGGAGGAGGCUCGCGUCUCCCCAGAAAAGCCUACUUUCAUUAACGUCCGGACCGUUAUUGGUCUAGGCAGUAAGGUGGAAGGCAUGGCUGCUGCUCAUGGUGCUGCAUUUGGUGCUCCAGACGUAGCAGAGAUGAAGAGGAAGUAUGGCUUUAACCCUGAGGAGCACUUUGUCAUCAGUGAUACAGUCCGAGAGUUCUUCCAGGAGCUCCCUGCUCGAGGCGAAGCUCUUGUUCAGCAGUGGAACUCGUUAGUGAAGCAAUAUAGCGCAGAAAAUCCUGAGCUUGGGGAAGAGUUCCAGAGACGCAUUCGCGGAGAGCUGCCUUCCAACUGGAAGGACCUUAUACCUUCCAGCUUCCCUGACAAGCCAACGGCUACGAGAGCCUCAUCCGGCCUAGUAUUCAACCCUCUGGCUAAAGAUAUUAAAUCUUUCAUGGUCGGAACGGCUGACCUGAGCCCGUCCGUGAACAUGAUCUGGCCAGGCAAGGUUGAUUUCCAGCACCCUGAUCUACGUACCACUUGCAAUAUCAACGGUAACUAUUCCGGCCGAUAUAUCCACUUCGGAGUGCGUGAACAUGCCAUGUGUGCCAUCUCGAACGGGCUGGCAGCGUUCGCUCCAAAUACAUUCAUCCCCAUCACUUCUUCCUUUUUCAUGUUCUAUCUUUAUGCUGCUCCUGCCGUGCGCAUGGGAGCUCUUCAGCACCUUCAGGUUAUCCACGCUGCUACUCACGACUCCAUUGGCAUGGGAGAAGAUGGUCCGACACACCAGCCGAUAGAGCUGGCAGCGCUCUACCGUGCUAUGCCAAACCUGCUGUAUAUUCGACCGGGAGAUAGUGAGGAGACGGCAGGAGCCUGGCUUGCAGCCCUGGAGGCCAAGAAGUCAUCCAGCAUUAUCUCCACCUCCCGUCACGCUCUGCCCCAGUUGAAGCAAACACGCCGGGAGGGAGUGGCUCAUGGCGCGUACGUGCUGGAAGAGGCUGAUGCUGCCGCAGUGACGCUCAUUGGUGUCGGCGCAGAGCUCUCAUUUGCGCUUGAUGUAGCCCAGCAGCUGAAGGAGACCAAAGGGAUUGCGGUACGUGUCGUCAGUUUCCCAUGCCAGCGAUUGUUCGAGCAGCAGGCCCUCGAGUACAAGCGCACGGUUCUGCGACGCCAUCAAGGUAUCCCGGCUGUGGUAAUCGAGCCAUAUGCACCGAAUGGCUGGGAGCGGUAUGCCGAUGCAGGCAUCAACAUCCGCCGAUUCGGCCACAGUUUGCCGGGCAAGGCUGCAUACAAGUUCUUCGGCUACGAGACCGGAGUGAUGGCGGCCAAGGUGGGCGAUUAUCUGGACCGACUAGAGAAGGGAGAGUGGCAGCGAGGAGAAUUUGUGGAUCUGUAG